AUGGUGGACGGCCGCGCCGUGACCGUCGCCGAGCUCGAGGCGCUCUGCACCUCCGUGCAGCUUUGCCAGCGCCUCGUCGACACCCCGACGUGCAUCCUCGACACUGUCGUCUUCGCGGAGAUCGCGCAGGCUUACGCACGUGAGCUCGGCGCGGGCGUCGAGUUGAUUAAAGGUGAGGAGCUCCGCGAGCGGGGGUAUGGUGGGAUCUACUCCGUCGGCCGCGGCGCGGAGUUCCCGCCGCACCUCCUCACGCUGCACUACGUCAACAACGCCGCGGAUGCCGCCGCGAAGAACAUUGCCCUUGUUGGCAAGGGUAUCGUCUAUGACUGCGGCGGUCUCGCGAUCAAACCGGCCACGGGUAUGGUGAAUAUGAAGACCGAUAUGGCAGGCGCCGCGUCGGUCCUUUGCGGGUUUAUCGCCGUCGUGCGAGGUAUGAAGAUACAGCCGGAUCGCUACAAACACGUCCGUCACCUCAGCGUCACGCUCUGCUUGGCGGAGAACGCGAUUAGCGCGGGGAGCUAUCGCAACGGCGAUAUUGUUUUUCUGAAGUCCGGCAAGUCUGUGGAGGUGAUCAACACAGACGCCGAGGGGCGUAUCGUGCUCGGGGAUGGAGUGUACUACGCGAGCGGCGAACAGAGCUUCGUGCCGGAUAUUUUGAUCGAUAUGGCCACCCUCACCGGCGCGCAGGGCAUCGCCACAGGGACAAAUCACGCCGCGCUCUACGUCAGCGACGCGGACGUCGAGCAGGCCCUUCUAAAGGCCGGCCGGCUGUGCGGGGAUACGUGUUUCCCUGUCCUCUACAGCCCGGAGCACCACAAGCCGCAGUUCAAGAGCAAAUUCGCGGAUAUGACAAACUUGAUGCCGAAGGGCACCGACGGCGGAGUCUCAUGCGGUGGCUAUUUUGUGGAAAGCCACCUUAGCGAGAAGUUUACCGGUGCCUUCGCCCAUGUUGAUUUGGCGUUUCCUUCCUCUAACGACAACGGCGCUACAGGGUUUGGAGUAAAUCUCAUCGCGGAGUAUCUUAGGAUGUUGUAA